GUAGUGGAAUGCCGCGCGACCUUCACGCCGACGACCGGUUCUGCAGCGCCUAUACGCUCUUAAGUGACGGAACCAUUGUUUAAUAAUUCGAAGAGAGUCGCCGCGUGCCCCCUGCCAGUAGGAAUUCAGGCGUGCCGGCGCCAGAAGCACGCAGCAGGCAGCAAGACGGAAAGAGAGAAAACGAUCGCACGGCCGUAUUGCGUGUCACCAACAAGCAGACGUGCUAUACAGCGUAUGAGCUGUUGUGCGUUAUCAAACACGAGCCGCACUACCAACAGAGCCACCUCAGACCGCGCGACACCAGGGUCGCAGGCUCACUGGCUGUCAAGGCACGCGCAAUUCCGUGUUACAGAUACCGACAUCAUUUAAGAAGUGCAUUGUUCGGAAACCUGAAGAGCCCGCACGUUGAGCGAUCUCGCUUGGAAUCUCUUAUCCGUCGCUCGCCGACGAACAGCUGCAGCUCAUUCGAUCGGGAGCCGUCCAUCACGUGGCACGUGUGAUGAAGGUACAGGCGGUCGGCCACCAGAGGUACACGUUGGGCGAAGGACCUCACUGGGACGAGCGCAGCGGUACGCUUCUCUUCGUCGAUGGCCAUGGCUGCCAGAUACUGCGCUAUGACCCAGAGUCCAGGACGGAGACAGAGGUCGUCCGUCUCGAGAACGAGAUCGGCAAUCUCAUUCCUUCCGCCGAAGACAACCGCAAGUUGGUCGUCUGCAUGGGUCGUGGUGUCUACAGACUGGACUUGGACACCAAGGAGAAGACGCUGCUGACCGAGAUGCUCGACAAGGAAUCGCCGGUGCCCACGCGCAUCAACGAUGGCAAGUGCGACGCUGCGGGGCGCCUCUGGGCUGGCUCGAUGCCGGUUAAAAUCGACCCUGUCGACAUUGAAAGCAUUGUGCGCGGAAAGAACAACUUCUGGUCCUUCUCCAAGGGGCAGCUCAAGCACAAACUCGACAAAGUAAACCUGUCCAACGGGAUCGCCUGGACGGCCGAUAACAGAACAAUGUUUUACAACGACAGCGUGCCCGGCACGACGUACGCCUUCGACUUCGACGUCGCUUCAGGAGACAUCAGUAACAAGCGCGUCCUUCUGGACUUCAAGGCGACUCCUGGAUUCGAGGAGCUGGGCCUUCCCGACGGCAUGACAAUUGACGUCAACGACAAGAUCUGGCUGGCGUGCUGCUUAUCCGGCUUGGUGUUGCAGGUCGACCCUGAGACAGCUAAAGUACUGACUAAGGUCAGCUUCCCGACAAAAUACACUACGUCGUGCUGCUUCGGGGGUCGGAACUACGAUACGCUCUACGUCACGUCCGGCAACUUCCCACCGGAUGCGACCCAACCCGAGGAUGGCCGGCUUUAUGAAGUCACUGAGCUCGGUGCCAAAGGAAAAGCAGCCUUCGAGUUCGCCGGCUAGCGGGAAUGGUCAACGGCGAUAUUCGCCUGGUCUAUAUGGCAGACGGCUGGCUGACCGCGAUACGUGAUGCAACGCCGACUUGCACAUGAUCGUAUAAACUGCGCAGCUCAACAUAUAAUAAACAAACAGUAAUAUAAUGACAUAAUAAAUGACUAAUGACAUAAUAAA